UCUGAGCAGCGUAUCUGUAAUAAGAUAACGUGCGGGUUCGUCGAUUAAAAGUGCCGCGCCUGUGGCCUCACGUUGGCCGUGUUGGUAUCCAUUACUCCGUUUUCGUGAAAAGAAAGGAAGUCUAUCAUUCGGGAUUUUAAAACGACUCCGUGCUACUACAUUACAUCAUUAUGUGAUUGUACAACCAGUUUCGUGACUGCACUAGUACAAAAAGUAGUGUACUCGCCAGUGGGUGCGAGUGAAAGAAGAUACUCGAACGAUCGAAUUUUUUAGACAGAAUGACUAUACGUCUUCAAGAAGUGAUGCGGUCUGAAGUAGAAGGUGGUUUGUCUGGACCAGCCAACCCAAUACCAAGUGAGUCCAUAGAUUGCGGUUGUGCACAACUGCCAUGUCCAAAAUUAGCGAAAUUUGCAACGCGACGACUGUUUGUUGGAUUACUAUCAUGGGUCGGCAUAGUUCAAGCGGCUGCCUAUGCGUAUUUCCAUGUAGUUGGACCCACAAUCGCUAGAAGAUUUCAAAUCGAUCCCUACGUCAUGGAAUGGAUCCUUGCAAUACCGGACUUAAUACCUUUAGUUUUUGGUCUAAUUAUUGCGUACUGGGGUGACAGGAUUCAUAGAGUUGCUUGGGUCGGAGCUAUAGUCCUUUUACAAAGCAUUUCAUAUUUUAUUAUGAUUAUUCCUCAUUUAACGCAUCAAAUCAAAAUCAUCGAUGAACCCGAUAAUGCUACACAUAUGUCAUUGUACUCAGAUGAUAAUCGUGAUUUGUGUUCUCCAACUAAAAUGAUUGCGAAAGAGGAAGAAAUGUGUUAUUUCUCAAUCGCUGUUUUAGUUGUUAUACAAGUUCUCAUCGGCAUCGCUAAUAUUUCAUACUUUGCACUAGCCAUUUCUUAUUUAGACGACAAUACCAAAAAGAAACACAUUGCUGGAUUUAUUGGUGUCGUUAUCGCUGUGAAGAUUCUCGGUGUUCUUUUGGGCUUCGUCUUGUCGUGGGUUUGUCUUGGGUUAGACGCAGUAAAACUAAGUCCGAUUGAAAGCUACAGAGAACAAAUUGGUGCAUGGUGGCUAGGACUACCAAUUCUGACAAUUUUACUUAUAGUUCCCGGUUUGUUGCUUUCAUGGUUCCCUAGAAUGCUACCAUCUCAGGUCGUUGCACGAGCUGCAGCUUCAUUGUUAAACAUAAAUUCGGGCAGAUCCAAUCGAGUGCCUCGUCGGUUAAUCAGCGAGAAAACAGCCAAUCCUAGUUUCUUAUCAUCCAUGGCCAGAUUGUUCACUAACAAAAUUUUAAUCUGCAUCGUUCUUGCUUAUACGCUUUACAUGAUGGCCACUUUAAAUUUUAUGAGUUACGAGAAUCUUAUUAUUCAAGCAAGGUUUUACGUACCAAAGCCAACUGGAACGUUACUUGGUUUCAACGAUCCAGUAACUUCGCGAUUGAUAACGAACAUUUUGAAGCCCGUUCUAAUUGGUUUGAUUAUAGUAGUUUCGGGACUGGUAAUAACAAAAGCAAAGCCCAGUUCCAGAAGUAUCUUGGAAUACGGAGUAAUAGUUACAAUUGUAUCAGCCGGAAUUAUAUUUACUCUCACUGUAACAUCUUGCGAGAAGCGACCUAUCGUUGGAUCCGACGGCAAAGGGUCAUUAUUUUUGCUAAGGUAUUGCAACAGAAAUUGCGGCUGUUCAAACGACGCUGAUUUCCAUCCAGUUUGCGACAGUAAAGGCAAGUUCACCUUUUAUAGUCCUUGUCAUGCUGGAUGCACAUCCUCCGAACAAAAGAACGGUAUGACGAUUUACACUGGCUGCAGUUGUAUGGAAGAUACGGAAAACAAGGACCUUUAUGAUGGGCCUUGUGACUCAAAGAACUGUCAGUUCGGAUGGUUAAUUUUUGAGCUUUCCACUCUGUUGGUGUACAUACUGAUUGCCUCGAUGGUUGUUGGAGACUUCUUAAUAGUUCUGAGAUCAGUCUACCCGCAAGAUAAAGCCGUCAGCAUUGCUUUCUGGAUGAUGUGGUCCGCUCUUAUUAUAAACAUUUGCGGAAAACUUAUAUACGACACAGUAGCGAAUCUAACUUGUCAAUAUUGGGGAUCUCAAAAAACAGCGUGUCGCCUACACGAAAGUUUAAAACUAGGCAACUAUUUAUGCUACUUAACGGGUUCUAUCUUGGUCUUAAGUAUCGUGUUGAAGGUUCUUCUGUGGUUCUUCUGCAAAAACUUGCAGCUUUACGUUCAAGAAAGCAAGGAAGUCUCAUCCGGCGCUGAGAUGCAACAGUUGAUGACCAGUCCAACUAAAAGACAACCGGAGCCAUCCAGCAGAAAUAAUAACAACAACACAGUGCAAGCAGAAGUUUCUGCCGAAGAAGUGCCGAAUCCAGUCGAACCAUCGAGUCAAAGCGCGCAAAGAGAAGAAGAACAGAAACAAAACGAACCUGUACCGUUGAAAUACGGUCCCUUGGGACCAGGUAACCGUCGAACAGGUUCAAAGUCCUCGCUCAGCCAAGCAUCGCAAUCGCGACAAUCGGACAUACGCAACCUGGACUCCGAGGAUGAAUUGAGUUCCACUGAUGAUGAUGGUAAAAAAGACUCUAGCCCAAAAGUAGCCUACAAACCUCUAGACCUAGACUCUGAUGUGGAGAGCGAUUUGGGUAGCGCAGAGCCUAGAUCGCGAAGACGCAUCCUGAGCAAAGACUACGACCGCGUUUACAACAGCGAUCAACCUUCUUCUGCGAUGAGCUCGCUGCCAAGACGCGAGUUUCCGAAUCCUGCUAACUACGACGAUCCAAGACUUAGCAGGAGAUUGCAACCAAUGGAUCAAAAUGGCUACAUAGAUGGCUCGCGAAAGACCAACAGUUUCGAGUACUCUAAAAAGGGACAAGAGAAAGACGCACAGAAGAAGGGUGACUUUAAUGAAGUUGGCAUACCCAUAGUAGAGUCUUAUCCCUCUUCGAUGAACACUAGCUCGCCGUUUGCGAGAGACGUGAAAGCAUUGAUCGAUCAGUACGAGCAUAAUUCUGACCACACCAACGAUCAGGGAUCAGUGAAGUCAGGAGAUUCUGGUCAUCGCCCGGAGUAUAGGGUAGUCGCGGGUGUCCCGCUGAUAGCUAUGGCAUCGAGGUCCUCGAGAGGUCCGUCUUCCUUAGGGUACAGCAGCUUGACAGAUGGGAAGCAUCUGGAUGAACGACCUGACUCUCGUGAAAGCAAUAGUCCUAAAACUGCUUCCAGCAAAGGAAGCAGGGGAACAUUGCAUACGGAUUUCUAGUGCCUGACUUUAUCUUGAAAACCGAAUCAAAUAAAGAACAAUCAUUUCAAUUAAGUAUAUAAAUAUUAUGUACUGCCUGUAUAUUUUAAGAUUUUGUAUAGAAACUCAUAAAAAUGUUUUAUUUAUUUAAAUGGUUCUUUUUUUAUGUCUGUUUACUAUUUCCUGAUUUAGUUGACGAAUUUGUAAACGUUUGUAGUAUAAUGCAUGGUUUAUUUUGUGGUAGAUUUUUUAAUUACUUUAACAUUGUAGCUAUCACUUCAUUAUUUCCUUAAAUAUUUGAAUAUAAUUCCCUGUGUAAAAUGUAUGAUAUAGUUCAUAGAAAUAUUACAUUGAGUCUGUGUGAUAAUUGACAAAAUAAAACAAUUAAAAAUAUGAUAUUUGUAAAUUAAUUAAAGUAAGGAUACUUGAGACUUAACAAUUUUGGAUGCUUUAGUUAAUUAAUUCACGAAUGAAUUGUUAGAAAUAAUGUGUAAUGAAAUAUUGGUGAUUGAACUAGGGACGAUUUGUAGAAAUUUUAUGAAAAGAGUUGAAAAUUAUUUGAUAAUUUAUGUAAAAAGGGUUUCCAUCGUGUCAUUAUAAUUUGUUAUUGUUUAAUCAAUUUUGUAAAUACAUUUGAAAUAAAUAUUUCGGUAAAAAUGAAACGAUAGUAAACAGGAACUAUGAGUCAGUAUGUUAACAAUAAAAGGUUCGAACACAAUAAAAUGGAAUUAACCAAAUUUUUCUUACAAUGUCCGCAAUAAUAUUUUUACUUGAUUUCUAUACAUAUGAAAAUUGUCAAAUACCAAUAGUUUUUUUAUUAUACUACGCACCCGUAUG